UGUCCAUAGAGAAUUUUUCCUUCGCUAUAAAUAUUAGUCCCCCAUAUGCUAAGUGAUCAUUGAAAUUAACUAAUCCCUCCUUUGGCUAAACUCUUUUUAGCUUAUUGUUUAAGCUCAUUUAAUUUCUUUGAUAUGGUACAGCUACAUUUGAUUGUUUUUUGGCUUCUAGGGUUUCAAUUUCUAGGUUCAAGAGGUGCUUCUGUGGAUGCCAAUUUCCAAAAAGAAUGCAACUUUACUAGAUUUCCUGCCCUUUGCCUCCAAACUUUGAUGGAGUUAAAAGAUCACCCUGUUCAUAUUGUGCCUGCUCUUGUUCAAAGAACUAUUUCAGAGACUAAGCUGCCCACUUCCUUCUUCAAAACACAACUCAACUCUCAGUUGGAAGUCCAAGAAGCUCAACAUCCCAAAUCCGUCACAGAUUAUUGUGAAAAGUUAAUCAGGAUGUCUCUCAAACGACUAGACCAGUCACUUUUGGCACUAAAAGAAUCACCAAAAAAGAACAAAAACGACGUCCAAUCGUGGUUAAGUGCUGCCUUAACCUUCCAACAAGCCUGCAAAGAUUCUGCCGACAGUUUUGGUUUCCCGGCCGGUGGCCUCACUUCUCGUAUUUCUACCAAAAUGGAUUAUUUGUCUGAAUUGGCCAGCAAUCCUUUAGCCCUUAUCAACAGAGUUACAAACAAGGCUAAAAACAACAUCAAAAAACGUCGUUUAGGAGGAGAAGUAAAAGAAUUCCCUAAGUGGGUAUCGGCGAAAGAUAGAAAACUACUUCAAACUAGCACCGUGAAGGCGAAUGCUGUGGUUGCAAAAGACGGAACAGGCAACUAUAAAACGAUUACGGAUGCUAUAAAGGCUGCUACGGGGAGUCGUUUUGUGAUUUACGUGAAGUCAGGAGUUUAUAACGAGAAAAUUCGAACUAAUAAAGAUGGUAUUACUUUGAUUGGAGAAGGUAAAUAUUCCACUAUCAUUGCAAAUGAUGAUAGUGUAGCUGGUGGGUCUUCCAUGCCUGAUACCGCCACUUUCAGUAAGUCCCCUCUGCUUAAAUUUAUUAAAUUAAAGUCCAUUUCUUCUAGUCUGCACACCCUAGUUCCAAGCUCCAAGACAAUAUUCAGAAUAUCAAUCGGCUCUGUAAGAAAAAGAACAGAAAAACAAGAAUUAAAAUUUUCCUCUUCCUUGGUUUGUCGGGCAGCAAUUACAGGCGAUGGAUUCAUAGCUCGAGAUAUUGGAUUCCAAAACACAGCAGGACCACAAGGAGAACAAGCCUUAGCUUUAUACAUCGCAUCAGAUAAGUCAGUUCUUUAUAGAUGCAGCAUCGCAGGCUACCAAGACACGCUAUAUGCACUUGCUCUCCGUCAAUUUUACAGAGAAUGUGAUAUUUACGGCACGAUAGACUUCAUUUUUGGCAAUGCCGCUGCUGUUUUUCAGAACUGCUAUUUAGUCCUUCGACGUCCUAGCAGCCACGAAAGUUAUAAUGUAAUUUUAGCAAACGGAAGAUCAGAUCCUGGACAAAAUACAGGAUUUUCAAUACAAAAUUGCAGGAUUACAGCAAGUUCAGAUUUUUCUCCUGUUAAACAUAACUUUAAGUCCUAUCUAGGCAGGCCCUGGAAGCAAUAUUCGAGGUCAGUGAUAAUGGAAUCGAAUAUUGACGAUGCUAUUUCAUCAAGAGGGUGGAUCGAGUGGCCAGGAGCAGCAUCGUAUGGUAAGACGUUGUACUUUGCGGAGUAUGCGAAUACUGGCCCUGGAGCUCAAAUUUCUAACAGAGUAAAUUGGCCUGGAUUUCAUGUUAUCGGAGCUGAUGUGGCUGUGAAAUUUACUGUCCGUAAUUUUAUUGCUGGAACCUCUUGGUUGCCGUCUACUGGAGUAACUUUCGUUUCUGACCUCAAGUGAAAAUUAUACUAUACUUAAUUAACUAAUUAGUGUGCUACUUAUGAUAAUGAAAGCUACAGUUGCUCACACUGGUAAAGUUGUUUUCAAGGUAUUUUAAUUGUGUAUUAUUAAUUUGGUUGUACGUAAAUAAAGCCAAGGCUUUAUGUGACUGUAACUCUUAGGUUUUUAUAAUAUUGUAUAUCCAAUAUCUAAUUAUUCAUAUAAUCACAUGUGUCAGUACGUUAAAUUUGACAA